CUCCGACCAGCAAACCAAAGUUCUGGCAGUUUAAGGAAUCAGAAGAGGAAUGGAUUGAAUACCUGACUCACUUCAGCGCAUUGUCAUGUUCGUCGUGUGUGUUCAAGUAACGUACGUAGAACACGAAACAACACCAAUACAAAAACAGCCAGUGAAAGAGCGUACUCCCGACAAUGCAGUCGAUACCCAUUCCAGUGAGGAGGGUUCCAGCUUACCAGAGAGCACCAUGUCGAGGUACUGGCAGCCCACGACCUGCUCGUAGCUGGGCUGCCCCCCACUCUUCUCCAUCAGCUCGUCCACCUCCCUCUGGAGCCGCCUCUGGACGUCCUGGUGUGUGGCCAGCAGGUAGCUGCAGAAGGUCAGUGCAGUGGACACGGUGUCGAAGCCGGCGAAGAAGAAUAUCAUCGCCUGGGCUGCUACAUCUUCGUCGGUGAGGCCUGCCAUCAUGCAGAGAAGAUGGUUGUCGACUGCUGGACGUUAUGGGUGUCACUGGUGCUGGGAGCCACGGCAGUGUUCAUCCUCUGGUGGCGCCGCUGCGUCGGUGUCUUCGCCCAUCGCAGAGUUCCAUACGUGACGCCUUUGCCAGUAGUGGGCAACAUGCUGGACGUGGUGUUCUGCAGGAAGUCCAUGCCUGACAUUCUCAAUGAACUCUAUCAGAAGUUGGACCCACACCCCUAUGCAGGUCUCUUCUCGUUUACGAUCCCUGUCCUACUGAUUAGAGAUCCCGAAUUGAUACGUUCCAUCACUGUCAAGGAUUUUGACCACUUUACUGACCAUAUGAAUUUCAUCAAUGCAGAAAAGAGCAAUCCACUCUCACAGAAGAUGCUUGUCGCAUUGAAAGGAAAAGAGUGGCAUGACAUGAGAACCACGCUGAGCCCUGCUUUUACUACGAUGAAAAUUAAGAAUAUGUUCAUGCUGAUAGCAGACAUUGGACAACAAGUUGUUGCUUACUUAGAGAAACGAACAGGUGAUUUUGAUGUUUCCACUGGAAAUGAGAACUUGCUCGUACUGGAGAUGAAAGACUUCUUCACACGCAUCACCAAUGACGUCAUCGCAACGACAGCGUUCGGUAUCAAAGUAGACUCGCUGUCGGAGCCGGACAACUUGUUCUACCGGAUGGGUCGCGACCUCACAGCCGUCAGAGUGAUCGUCGGCAUCGGAUACACGCUGUUUCCGAAACUCAUGCAGCUGCUAGGAAUACCAUUCAUGGACCGGACUGCAACAGAGUUUUUCAAAUCCACGGUGAUCGAAACCAUCGAGACCCGUGAAAAGCAGGGAAUCGUUCGCCCCGACGUCAUCCAUUUGCUCAUGCAGGCGCGUCGUGCCGAACUGCGCUCAGAAGAGGCGGGCAAGGACGGAAGCACCGAAGGCAAAGGAAAACGUCUGACCAAUGACGAUAUUGCGGCACAGGCAAUACUGUUCUUCUUUGGCGGUUUCGAUACGGUGUCGACGUUGAUGACUUUCUGCAGCUACUUGCUGGCGACUCACGAGGACGUCCAGAGGAGAUUGCAGCAGGAGGUGGAUGACGUCAUGAAGAAGAAUCGCGGCCAACCCGACUACGAACAGGUCAUGGCCUGCCAGUACCUCGACAUGGUCAUCUCCGAAACACUACGGAUGUACACGCCAGGUGUGGCGCUGGACAGGGUGUGUGUGCGUCCCUACCAGCUGCCGGACACGGAGACCUGCCGAGGCGUCAAGGUGAGGCCAGGCGAGAUCGUCGGGAUCCCCGUGUACUGCAUCCACCACGACGCCAGGUACCAUCCAGACCCAGAAACGUUCGACCCGGAACGCUUCAGUCCAGAUAACAAGCACCGCAUCAAGCCCUUUACAUUCCUGCCCUUCGGAUCAGGACCUCGUGUAUGUAUCGCCCAGAGGUUCGCGCUGAUGGAGACCAAGGUGGUGCUGCUGUACCUGGUGUCCAGGUUCAGCUUCCACGUGGUCGCCAAGACGCCGGUGCCUCUGCAGAUCCAGCCAAACAAUCUUACACUCUCUAUCAAGGGUGGCGCCUGGGUCGGCGUUCGGCGAAGACCUUAAGGAAAAAGCUCCUGCACUUCAUCAUACAGAAGAGUGAGAGGAAAGGAAAUCUGAUACUUCAUUAAAUUUUAGUGGCAGUCCGCGUAUUCGACAAUCCACGGCGUAAUCCAAAUCACAAACGUACAUCAGGCGAGGUCAAAACCGUACUGCUCAAUGGUGCAUAAGUAAAGGCUUCAGAUUUUUUAUUCGUGUCAAAGGCAUCAAUUACAAGAGAAUUAAAUGAAAUUAACAGUUAUAAAACAUGUAAGUAGACAGUGGACAUUAACAUGUAAACAUGGAAAAGGACAAAGAAAUCUAGAACUAACUUGCUUUGGUCUAAACGUGAGCUACAUUCAAAGCAUUACAGUUAGCACACAGUUAGAAGUAACUGUACAUAAAUGAACAUUCAUAAAUACACUUAAGUAAAGACUAACAGUCAUUGAAUUAAAUUGUCUUCGCCCAGAAACGGGCAACGUCCAGGGCGCUAGAACUGGCCAGCAUCAACUCUUCUUCGGUCCACGAUGACGGGCACAGACGGCAGUUGCGCGGGUGAGACAUCGUCUGCUCCUCUCCAUUCUCACAAGUUUAGGGUCCUCCAGCUUAUCCCCAUUUUUCAAGAGUUUUCUUACACCACUCAACAGCAGUUUGUAAUCUGCUGAGGGACUUCCAGGUACACCAGCUCUCAUUAUCACCGGGAGGUAGUUCUUCUUUUGGUUGUCUACAGCCUACAGGAGCAGUCUCUACUCUCUUUCUCCAUAUGUCUAGCCUUUGGUUUGUGUUGUUGUUGUUUACAUAGAACCUUACUAAACUUUUUCUGGACCUCAAGUGAGACGGUGCUGGCGAAUGGCCAAAUAAUGGGUGAGUGUCAGAUGUCAAGGCUCUAUGUCCUUCUGCUUGAGCAGCUGCUUGACGCCUGAUGUCGGGCGGAGAUAUAUCUGAUAGACGAUACAGGCACCCAGUGAUUCCUCGGCACGUCUCAUUCAAAGCGAAGUCCACGGGCCUAGCAUGGCAGGACUUACGCCAGACAGGCCCUGAAUACUCGACCGCAGACUAGCACAACGCCAAAGCCCAAAUCCGAAUAGUGACUGGCUGUGCAAUCCAGUUAGAUGCCUUUAGUUUUCCUAUAAUAUUAUUCCUUGCGGAUACUUUCAUUUUGGUGUUCUGACAAUGCGUUUUGAACGUUAGGGUCUAAUCUAAGGUCACCCUAAGAUAGUUUGCGGAAAAUGAAUGUUCAAGUUGAGUGCCAUUCCAUGAAAUAUUUAGUUGUUGGUUGGUAUGUCUGUUUUUUAGGUGGAAAGCACAGACUCGUGUUUUCGUAGGGUUAGGCCUUAUUAUUUUUGUAGAACCGUCCUAGUGCUUCCAGUGCUUCAGACAGCUUAUUUUCGGCGCCAUGGAAAUCCUUUCCCUGGAUGGCUAAUGCGAGAUCAUCCGUAUACAGAAAACUCCUUUUGUACAGCGGGAGUAGUUGAUCAUUCAUAUAAAUAUUAAAGAGUAUAGGGGCCAGAACACUGCCUGUUCCCCUGUAGUCUCCAUCUACUGCGCCGUUUUUGAAAUUCCACGAAAAAUCUCCUGUUGCUAAGGAAGUUGGUCUUGUUGUGGCACCGUCUUUUCCUCUGCGCAGUCUGAUUCAUUCUUAGUUGAAGUGUGGUAAGUGAUGGACGUAUUCAGUAGUGCUACGUUGACUUGUGCUUGUAUCUGUUAGGUAAGGGGUAUGGUAAAGAACAGCAAGGAUGAGUAUGACGUCUACAUUGAAAGGUGAAAGGAAUAUGUAUGUGUUGCAUAAUGUUAUUUUUGAAGAGUAGUAGUCUGAGGUGAGAUAGAAGCAUUGUGCAACUAGGAACAAUUAUUGUCAGCUAGUUAACUUACUCACAGCUCAGAAAUAGGCCACCACACUUCCUUGAGUCAUGCGUCAACAUAAUUAUUGCUUAAGCUGUUUGACGCUUAUAGAAAUUCUCUAUUAACAUUGGAUCGUUUUUAAAUCACUGUUCACUUUGUUAAGCAUAGUAUUUCUCAGACCAAUGUUAUGUUUUAAGACCAUGCAAAGUUUCACUCUAUCUUUUUGAGUAUAUACUUCAUUCUAAAA